AUGAUCAACAAGGAAGUCGAUGGUGAGCAAGCUUGCGAUCCGCGGCUUGCAGCUAUGUUAGCAGCCCAUCUUGUCAGUCAGGUUUUAGAUGAAGCUUUUGUGAUAGCUAAUGCUACUGCUGAGAAGGGUGAAAAGGGUCAUCCGUGGCAUUAUCAGUCAAUGAUGAAAAAUUUUGAGAGUGAUAAACAGUGUGAUGCUGAUGAUGAAGACACAUCGUUCGAGGCGUCAAAGGGCGACAGUGACAUCGUGAAUGAAAAUAAGAUAGAGCAUGCUGCCAAUGUAGUUGCUACAUUGACGCCGGAAAAAGUUACAGAUGAUUUACAAAAAAAUAAGCCAGAGCCUAAUCUCAUAGGCCAAGGAGACGAAGAGCUUGAUUUGCGCCAGAACGAGUUAACGAAAUCCACAUCAAUGUUUAUCAAUCAUCUUUUUGAUAUGAGUGAAGUUGAAAAAGUAAUAAUAUUCGAUGAGACCGAAAUUAUGCAAAAUAAUUCGGAGCCAAAUGAAUUGCUUACUGAGGCAAUGAACAAAAUUAUGGAGUCAUAUGUGAAUACAGCAUUGGGUAUGACAAUUGAGCAGCCUUCACAUUCGACGGCGGGUAUGAUGCCGGUGCCGGUGGAGAAAACAGAGAAUAGCCCUGAACCUUCUGAAUAUUCAUUUUUGACAGAUGCUUUUGCAGAGGACAUCAGUAAAGAUGUUGCAUUUUAUAUACAUGACGAUGGAUCUGGUGACGUUGAUAGAAACAGUGCACGCUCUCAUCUUGUUCCCAAUGUAGAAAUAAGAGAGCUUUGUGAAGAUGAUAUUCCAGAGAAAUUAGUCGAGACUAACGACGUUGCACGAUUUGAAAAUGCAUUCCUUAGUUUGAAUCGUGAUUAUGAACAAAAUUCCGAAGAUGAAGUAGAUCCAAUAUUAGAAGAUCCAAAAGGUAUGACUCUCCAAGAAGUGGAAUUAAUGACUGCUGACACAUCUGAAGAAAAUUUAUCAACUAAUCGUGAUGAGGAGCCUCACAUUUGUCCAAUGAUGAAGGAGUUAGUAGCAGCAGAAUCAGGAGUGUCUGCAGCGGCAAGUGGGUCGAAAAAAGGUUCGCUGGUCAGUAGGUGCCGCUCUCAAGGUGCAAGGCUUCUAGCUUGUAUCCGAGGAUGGUGGCGACGCAGGACUCCCGGGAAACGCAAGGAAAAUCGGGUUCCAUUUGCUGCUCGUGGUUUGUGUCCUUUAUCUCCUGAUGCAAGACGUCGAGCUGCAAGUCUUUUGGAUCAACGUCUUCUUCGGUCACCCUCACCCAACCAAGAUGUUGUCUGGAAGUUUAACACGGUCAACGAGUCGUUUGUCCAUUCUUCACGUUGGAAGGGCUAUACUUUCGAUGUAAAACCUGAUGAGUGCGGCGAGUACUGA